AAUAGUUUUCAAUUAAAAAAUUGCUAGAGUUGACUUUAAAUUGAGUUUCCGACCAUAUUGCUAGUUAUUGACAUCUUUAGAUGCAACACUGCUGCUUAUUUAGUGUUUUUGUAUUCGUAGAAUUGGAAAGUUUGUGGGAUCAAAGUUUGCUCCUGUUUUUUGUUAUAUAUGUUUUUUAUUAGAAACUCGUAAAAAUUCUUUGGUUGAAAGAUAUUAAGUUAUUCACAAAGAUAAAAUAUUUUAAAUAAGCUUAAACGUACACAUAUAUAGAUAAAAGUUUGGUUUCGGAGCUGAAAAAGUAAGCACAAGAAAAACAAUAACCUUUGCAACAUACGAAUCAUCAGCAAAGGAAGUGAAAUUAAACAAAUAUAGCUAUUUUCGAAAACGGAAUAGCGCGAUAAGAAGCAGGAGCAAUCGCUUCAAAUCAGUACUAAACGAUCAGAGAAGCAGCGAAGUAUCGUAAAUAGAAGAAACCAAAAAACGUCAUAAGUUGUCAUCGCAUUACGUUUCGCAUUAUUCUUCCACUCCCAUUCUUAAAUUCCUACUGGUCAUAGAAGGCAGACGACCUAAUCAUUCAUCCAGUAUUCGUUCGACAGAAAUUUUGGACGGUAACACUAGUAAUAUUUCGUGAAAAGCUAACAGCUUAAAUAAAAUCUAAAUUUCAUUGUAAAUUGUAAAAAAUCGAAUAGUGCAAAUAAUACUGAAACGUUAGUGCAAGGAAAACUAAAAUUGUGCAAAGUGAACAUAUUACCAGUGGAAAAGAAAGAAAGUAGUAAAGAGUAGCUAUAGAAGAACGGACAAACCCAAAAGUGCAACCGAACACAUAUGCAGAUUGGUCGCUAUUGACAGCCAUAGUUACAAUAGCAAAUUAAACACAAAUUGUACAGAAAUUCAUCGUCGUGGUAUUCUAUUCCCUAUCUUAGUUGUACUCCAACACACAAAAGCUCCUGCUGUGUUCGCUAUACUCCCCCUUAUGUGGUUUUACGUGUCAUCGCCAAUAUAGGCCUAGUAAGAAAAAAUAAAAAAUAUAAUUAAGUGCCAAAGUUAUCAUUCGAGCAAGUAGUUAGCACACCAAACAGACGGUGUCUCGUGACAUUGUUCAGUUGAGACUUAGCGCGACUGGGCCAAACGGAGAAACUUCUACAUUAACCGCAACAACAAUUUAGUGUUCGCAAAAAGGAAAACAGCAGUCAGACUGCAAGCAAUCAAAUACUUAACUACGCAUUCUACCUAUAAGGCUCAGUGCGAAAACAAAAGGAAGAAAUGCAAGUGAAUGUCGCUGGUCUACGUCGGAACAUCAAAAAUAUUGCGCACAACUACUCAGAUGCGCAGGUUAAAGUACGUGAGGCCACUUCCAAUGACCCAUGGGGGCCAUCGCCCAGAAUAAUGGCCGAAAUCGCCGAUCUCACCCACAAUGUGGUUGCCUUCUCGGAGAUAAUGAAUAUGAUUUGGAAGCGCCUUAAUGAUCAUGGCAAGAACUGGCGUCAUGUCUACAAAGCGCUCCUACUGUUGGAUUAUUUAAUCAAAACCGGCACAGAGAAGGUGGCGCAACAGUGCAUAGAGAAUAUUUACUCCAUAAAAACACUGCGUGAAUUCGUGCACUUUGAAGAGGGUAAAGAUCAGGGCACCCAUGUGCGCGAAAAGGCUAAGCAGCUGGUGAAUUUAUUGAACGACGAUGAGCGUUGGAAGAAUGAGCGCGUGAAAGCUUUGAAGGCGAAAGAACGUUUCGCUCAACAUCCCAGUGGUUUUGGUAGUGAUGGUUAUAUUGAUGGACCGACGCAUCAUGAUAUGCCGCCCGGUUGGCAGGAGGAACCGAAGCCGGUGUCCGAACUUGAGUUGGUGCGUCCACAAACGGCGGGCGAAGAGGAGCUUCAAUUGCAGUUGGCCAUGGCGAUGUCGCGCGAAGAAGCCGAACAGGAGGAGGCUAAGCGACGAAGCGAUGAUGUGCGACUGCAGCUUGCGCUGAGCCAGAGUGAACAAGAUUUCAAAGAUCAAACGGUUCCAGCUGCUGCGCCUAAAAAGGAAGAACCACAAUCACAUCUGUUAGAUUUGCUGGACAUUUCUUUGGGUGCCACGAGUAUUUCGAGUCCACCAUUGGGUGCCACAGGUGGCAGUGGCGAUCCAUGGGCCACACCGGCUCGAGCUGCCAGUCAGCUAUCUGAUCCUUGGUCUGGCACAUCAUCGCCACAAAUCGAUCCUUGGCAACCGGCCGCAGCUAUGCGUACCGCCAUCGCUCCAGCGCCGUUGGGCGCCGUCGGCGGUAUAGCAAGUAAUGGUGAUGAUACCUGGGCUCUAACACGCACACAAUCGCCGUCCGUCGCUUCUGGCUCGUCGACUGAAGGUUGGUUGCAUAGCAAUGGCGCUGGAAUUGCUGGUGCGGCUGGUGGAGCAGCGAUCUUGAAUGGCAAUUCCAUUGGGGGCGGUGCUAUUGGUGGCCUGGACCCUUGGCUUUCGAAAACGGGCGCUUUUGGUGGCGCAGCUGCAGCGGAGAGGGUGGAACCAACAGAUCCUUGGCUGACGGAAAAUGUGAAACCAGUUACUAUGGCACCACUUGCGGCUGCGCCUAAUGUCGACCCAUGGGCGCCCAAAGCCGGUGCGACCGGUGAUGACCCCUGGAAGAGUAAUCAAACGAAUGCGGUUAAGAAGCCUUCGCCCGAUUUGGAUGAGUUCGAUAUAAUAACCAAUCGUAAUAAGGCUGGCGAUUUACUAACUAACAACUUGAUAAGUGCUUCGAACAACAAUAACGCAUCACUACUCGAUGAAAUGGAUCCUCUGUCUGCAACGAAUUCAUCGCUCAAUGCAUCAUCAACGAAUACGAACAAACAACUGAAAACACCGCAAUCGUUCUUAGGUGAAAACUCGUCAUUAGUUAACUUGGAUAAUCUAAUAAAGCCCGUGCAAACACAGUCACAAGCUGGCAAUGCUGCCUACAAUCCAUUUAGCGAUACUGUUAUACCACCAAAAACAAAUCUAUUCCAACAACAACAGCCUGCGGUACCGUCCAUUAACCAGCUAAAACAGCAACAGCCUUUUGCUAUGACUAUGAAUCAGGAUCCUUGGGCGCCGGUUGCUAACUCCACAAAUGCGUCUCAGUCCUCCAGAAACUUCUUUACUGAUUACGAUAGCGAUGACUUUACAAGUUUCAAUAGCAGCAGUGAGCAUAAUCACAAUGACAUACUGAACAACAGUAAUAAUAGUAAUAACAAACAAACCAACAAUAAGUACAACAAUAACAACAAACAAGCUAUGCAAUACUCCAAAAGUGAUUACGAAGUUUUCAAUUCCUCAUUUGUCAGCUCAAACGACUUUUUUAGUUAUCCUAAUAACAACAAUAAUAAAAGUCAACAUGAUGGACCACACCAAUUCCAAACACAAGUACAAAUUCAUAGUCAAAGUGUAGAUAAUAUACGCAAUAUGCAAAUUGCGAGCGACAGCGACACCGAACUGCAUGAGAAAGCUUCAACCACUACGCUACGCAGCUUCCAAGGCGGCAACGUCAACAACAAUACGCUGCGCUUUCAGCCGACACUCGCACCCACCACCACUCAAUUUCAGCCUUUUGCUGACUUCAGCAACGCAAUUAAGCCUGAUUUUCCGAGUGCCAAUAGUAAUUUUAAUACUAAUAACAGCAACAACAACAAUAAUCCUUUAUCAAAUUACGCAUUUGGCCAGCCACCGGCCGGCAGUGCAAAUGACAAAUAUCCAGCAGCGUCGUUGACGUCAAGCUACAGCAAUGCCUUGACAGCCGCUCUGGCCGACACACCGGGCAUUAAAAUAGCGCCGCUAUCGAUGCUGCCCACGUCAGCUACAACAAUGCAAACAACAUUUGAUUAUGCCGCCGGUUUUGGCAACAGCUUUGACAACAAUAGCGUCGCCGGUGGUGCUGGCGGUGGAUCGCUGUUCAAUUAUGGCUUCUUCGAUGCGAAUUCUUCAAUGAACCACAACCACAACAACAACUUUGGAAAUAAUAUCGAUAACAACAAUGCAAUAUUUUCGACGUCAACCUUAUCGUCAUCGUCGUUGGGCAACUGUAAGCUGGAAAACAACAAUAAUAUGCCUUGGAUGAACCCGGAAGCGGCAUCGUCGUCUAAUCCAUUCUUAUCGUAAAGUAGUUUUUUAAAUGCGGAAAUUUAUAUAGGGCGGGUUAUAAAACAGCGUGUGCGAGUUAGAGGAAUAAAGAGUUCUUUUUUUAUAUAGACAUAUUUACGCAUAAAAUAGAGAAAAACUAAAACAAACAAACAAAAAAACAAUAAUGAUAGUAAGGAGUAUAAAUUUAAUAUAAGUAUUAUAAUUGUAAUAAAUGUUUGAAAAGCGGUCAGGACAUUUGUAAUUGAGCAUGUUAAGCAAAGUGAGAUAGAAAGUCAAACGAGCAGAGAGCGCGCAACAAAUUGUUGUGAGCGCAUGCGCGCGUGUGUGCGUGUGGUUGUAGCGCUAAAAAUUAAAAUUUCCAAGCACCUCAAAGGCAAUGUAUGUUAAAUGUAAAAAAAUGUAAACAUUUGCCAGCACAUGCACAUUGUCGCAUUGCGCUCUUCAAUACGUUGCAUAAGCAGUAGAUCAAUUAAAAACAAAGAAAUUAACUAAAAUCACAGGCAGCUAGAAUUAUAUAAACGUAAGAAAUUAAGCUGUUACGGUAUGCGAAA